AACCACAAAUAACUAAGUGCAAUUAAUUAGUUAUAAUUAUAAUUAUGAGUUCAUCUUCAUGCUGCUGCUCAUUUUUCUUUUCCUUACUCAUCCUCCAUGUAGCUUCUUCUUCCAUUAACAGCAGGAAAUUGCUGCUUGACAAUGGCGUUUUUCUCACUCCUCCUAUGGGGUGGAACAGUUGGAAUCACUUUCACUGCCAAAUUAAUGAAACCGUUAUUAAAGAAACUGCUGACGCUUUAGUUUCAACUGGGCUGGCUAAGCUUGGAUACGAAUAUGUGAACUUAGAUGAUUGUUGGGGUGAAUCAAAACGUGACCCGCAAGGGAAUCUGGAAGCGAACAUGAGUACAUUUCCUUUGGGAAUUAAAGCUCUGGCAGAUUAUGUUCAUAGCAAGGGUUUAAAGUUGGGAAUAUAUGGAGAUGCAGGGUCGAGAACAUGUUCGGGAAGGAUGCCGGGUUCACUCGGCCAUGAAGAACAAGAUGCAGCUACAUUCGCUUCAUGGGGAAUUGACUACUUGAAGUAUGACAACUGCUAUAACGAUGAUACAAAACCAACGAUCAGAUACAAAGUGAUGUCCGAUGCUCUAAAGAAGACGGGCCGAUCCAUCUUUUUCUCGCUCUGUGAAUGGGGAGACAUGAGUCCAGCUCUGUGGGGAAGAGAUAUUGGAAAUAGCUGGAGAACUACUGAUGACAUUUCUGACUCAUGGGACAGUAUGCUAAAGAUAGCUGACAUGAAUCAAGUAUUCGCUAGUUACGCCAAACCGGGCGGGUGGAACGAUCCAGAUAUGCUAGAAGUGGGCAAUGGAAGAAUGAAGUAUGAGGAAUACGUAGUUCACUUUAGCAUUUGGGCCGUCUCUAAGGCACCCCUGCUUUUAGGGUGUGAUAUUCGGUCCAUGACCGAUGAAACUAUGCAAAUUAUAAGCAACCAGGAAGUUAUUGCCAUUAAUCAAGAUUCGUUAGGAGUUCAGGCUAAAAAAGUUAGAAUGGAAGGAGAACGAGAUAUAUGGGCAGGACCUCUAUCAGGGAACAGGAUAGUAAUAUUGUUAGUAAACAAAAAGAAGUAUAAAUCAACAAUGACAGCACAUUGGGACGACAUAGGCAUCUCUUCAGACCAUACAUUUGUUCAAGCAAGAGAUGUGUGGGAGCAUCAAACUCUUGCAACGCCAUUUCAAGAAAAGCUGACAACAGACGUGGAACCUCACUCCUGCAAGCUCUAUGUGUUGACUCCAAUCUUAUAGCUUUUUCUUUGUAAAAAACAAGAUUUAAUCUCUCUAAUUACAAAGUUAUACCAUGUAAUAUGUAUAUGAUGAGACUCUGUAAUAAUGAAGUAGCGAAAUCCAAUUAAAUCUUCACUUA